CUUUCAUUUUCAACCUUCCGUGCUUAACAGUACUUUGUCCACCGUUCUUCGUCAAACCAACAAAGCUUUCAAGUCAAUCAUUCAUAAUGGCACCUAUUACUAAGAAACCCGCCGCCCCCAAAAAGCCCAAUGCUGCCGCCCACCCGACUUUCUUGUCGAUGAUUCAGGAAUGCAUCGCAUCCCACCCCGAGGAAUCUCGCGCUGGUGUCUCUCGACCCACAUUGAAGAAAUACCUCGCCGACAAGUUCAAGCUCGACAUGAGCUCUCAGUCGAACGUCACCAACCUGUCCAACGCCAUCAAAAGAGGUGCUGCCACAGGAGCGCUCACCCUUCCUAAGGGCCCUGCUGGGCGUGUCAAGGGCGGAGCCAAGAAAGCUCCAGCCGGCAAAGAGAACGUCGCACCUAAAGCCGCCAAGAAACCUGCUUCGAAGAAAGCCGCCCCUGCGAAAAAGCCCGCUGCAGCCAAGAAAGCUCCCGCUGUCAAGAAACCCGCUGCCCCUGCAAAGAAGCCCGCGUCGAAGAAAGCUGCUCCCGCCAAGAAGACCAGUGCUCCCAAGAAGGCCGCCGCCCCCAAAGCUGCCAGUGCUAAACCCGCCGCGAAGAAGACCGCUCCAAAGAAGGCUGCCGCUGUGAAGAAAUAAAUGCUUCGAUACAUACACGGCGACCGGUUUCUGUUUAAUGGUGCUCUCGAUAUCUCAACUGCGGUUGUCGACCUCUAGCCGACAUGCUCACCCCUCACCCUUUCUUCGUCUUGAUCUAUCUUUGCUAGGUGGUUUGUCUUGUGAAUAGUUGUUUCUCUCUUUCGCUUUAGCUUUUCGUUUUCUGCAUUGCAGAUCGCGAUGUAUGUCUGUGUUCGCG